GUGCACCAAAGCCCCGGCCAGAUCGUACAGUAGCCGAGUACCUAUUCCAUUCCGUCCAGUCUUCUCACUGGCUGCCCGUCCCAUUACUCUCCCACCUGAACGACAACCCAGCAAGACUCGGCGCUGAGUGGAAGAGAAAGAACUGGGUCGGCUUGAUCUAUCAUUACGUAGAUUUUAGUUUUUUUUUUUCCUCUGGCAACCAUUCUGUCGGCUCUUUGUUUCUACCAUUCGUUUCAUCUCUGUGGUUUGUUUCGUUGUUUCUUCCUUUUCCAGAAGCACCGUCUUCGCCCAUCGUCGCCCAGUCCUUCAGUUGGAACUUAGAUUGCGAUCCGCGAGUCGCAAACCUAGCACAGCACCUCGGCCGCCUUGAAAGACCCAAAGAGUACCUAUUUCCAAAAACAGAUCGAACCGAGCCUCCAUCUUCGGUGCCAGCAUCGCCGGUACCCGACUUGCAAACAAGCCUCCAAGGUCGCAUCUUCUGGUCGGCCCGUGGCUGGAUUGUUCUUGGACCCAUUCCUGAGCCACACAAGGUUGAAAGAGCUUGAAAACUGUUGUUCGCUUCAAGUACGCCUGCCUCCAGAUUGCCUCAAGGGAUCAAUAUCCAUCACCAACUUGCACACAACAUAUAUCAGCUUGACCUUUAGCUUCAAGUGCUGAGCUUCCUUCUUGUCCACGAGCAGCUCGAACCGCCGCGCAUUCCAUCGAGCUGAUAGCAACAGCCAAUAGACGGCGACAGCAUAUCCUGUAUCACCGCUUAGGACGCAGCUGCACAGUGUGGUCUAUCCUCACGAGAUUUUUGGCCGCACCGAGUGUGUUGUCAACGACGGCUCGAGCUCACACAGGCCUAACGACUCCUCUAAUAGCUCCCGUUGGACGUUCCUGGAAGGCCAGCGCGAACCUUGUGUUGAGGGCUCCUCUGGCUUGCGGUGCGGAUUAGCCAUUGCAACCAUCCCCAGCAAUGGCUCUUGAGGCACCCUUGAGAUCAUCGACUGGAAGUUUUCAAUCCAUCUACUCCCCAUACACAGAGAUGUCACUCUCGGCGGGUCCAGAUUCCCCGCUGCCUUCUCAGUAUAUGGCCUCCUCCUCGGCCUCCGAUUCUCAGUCACUACGCCCUACUUCCUAUAUCAGACCCAACUCGGCACAUCUACUCCUAAGUCCAACUAGCGACAUUGUUGGCCCAUCUCCGGUGACAUCAAAUGGUACCGAGACCACGGAGAUCGAAGACGACGAGGCAGAAGAACAUGCUGGGCAAGGGCAAGGGCAGCAUGGUCAUCAGUCGCUUAUGAUGUUGCGGACGAAUCUACCGGACCACAUACGGAAACCCACGGGUGAUGAGGUUGUCUCUGUGAUACAUGCGCCACCAAGCUUCGAGAACUGGAAAUCCAGCGAUAAUUACUCCAGAUCAAGCCUCUCGAAAUCUAUCAGCGCUGCCAGCGCGGAAAGUAGCACUAUUAGUCCUCCGGCCAGCGAAGCCUCGGCGGCACAAUCCCCCCCGACUCGCUCCCUCCCGAUGGUCAACACGAACGUGAAGCCGGUAGCAUUUGGCUUGGAUGCACCGACACCCCAGGCUCAGAAGUUGGAAGAUGUCUUUGCAAACGAGACCUCCAGAUUAAGAUCUAGCACAGCGAGUAGCUUAGAACUCAUACCAGAAAGCCACGAAGGGGAUGAGCGAUACGAAGAUGCCGAUGAUUUCCUCACUGCCGAAACCACACCGAGCGAACAGACGGAGAUCCAGGCCCUUUCAGCAGCUCUAGAAGAGUGCUGGACACUUUGCAAUACUCUUGCGAACCUCAGUUCCAUCCACCGCGAACGUGUAUUCAACAGCUCUGGUACCCCGGACGCUCAUGAAAAAGCGUGGAAGAGCUGUUGGAAACUCUGCAAAAGACUUUAUCAGAGCAGAAAUGAUUAUCCCGAGUCUCACAACAUUGCCCGGACUAACCUAGAUCUUUGCCGCGACUUUUGCCAGUCAUUGUUCGAUGUGCGACAAAAGCAAGACGAGGUGGCUGACUCAAUAUUAAGAGUAAGCUUUGAGUUAAAUAACCAUUUGUAUAGCGCUCAAGACACUCGAAGCCUUCCCGAGGCGUUUAGGGAGCGGACCUUGGACUUUUACAUUACAUUAUGUCACCGACUCAUGAAGCAACGAAACGAUUCCCCCGAAGAGACGGACCUGCUUCUUCGAGCUUGCUGGGCGUUGGCGGAGAUGUUGUUUAGCCUUCGGCAAAACCGUCGUGACGGUAAAGCCCCUGAUGCAGAGCUUUUAGGAUCCGCAGUCCAGGCGUGCUGGGAGUUGUGCGAUAUCUUCCGGGAGGGUUGGACGCAGAUCCGACCUGAUCGAGGAACACCCCGACCGAGCCACAUCAACUUCUUCUCCCCUGGAAGCUAUGGGCUACAAAACCUCUCAUCCAACCACCAGUCCGAUUCCCGAUCUAAUGCCGGCAGCCGCGCCUCAAUCCGCUCGAAACGUGAAAGCCUCCGGAGCCUCAGCGACCUUACAGAUCGACCACGGCAAAAGGCAAUUAUACCCGAAACCCCAGUCACCGAGUUUGAAGACACGCCAGUCUCGCCAGAUGCCAGCCCCCAGAUGCCUAACAUCAUGGUACUCGGACCAUCGAACGACCGCAGCGACUCGCGUGGGGGGCGCUGGUCCAGCAGUGCCUCGAAUCUUUCGGGUUAUAGUCAGAGUAGUCAACACACUUCUAGCACCGCCACUACUGCUACUGCUACCAUUGACGACAUGAACAUCACCCGCAUCAAAGUUCUGAUAGUCAAAGCUGCCAUGAACAUCGGUUUCAGUCGGGAAACUGCGGCAGUGGACGGUAAAGGCGGUUCUGCGGCCUUGCAAACAUUUGUCAAAAGCUUGCCUAUGGGAUCUUUCGGCUCGUUACCGAUGCAUGCCACGUUAUUGCAAAACUACAAGAAUCUGGUGCUGACCGAUUCCGCAUUCCGAUCCUCCGCUAGUCUUCCGCCUCGAGGGAAGCGCAUCAGCGCCAUCGAAAUUGCGAAGAGCGUCAACUGGAUGACGAUGAGAUCUGGACAAUACGGGUUCUUGAAAGAUCUCUUUAGGCUUGUGUUUGGCUUCCAGAUUGAGGAUGCUGACAGCAGAAAGAAUGCGUCUGUUACGGUUUGAAAGCUGCUUUAAGUAGUUACUGGAACUGAAGAACCUGGGCACGAUGCGGUAGAUCCGGGCCGAUACACUUCGACCUUCUCGCAUAUUUGCCUCAAUAUCGAGCACAGUUGGGUGGUCUUAGAGGCCUUUGCAGAUGUUAACCACUUCAAUUACAAGCAGGCGGGAUGCAGACAAUACCCAACCUACGAUUUCAGCAACCAACUCGUCCCUUUGCCGUGUUGGCAUCAAGGAUCACGGCCAUGGUCAAACGUGUCAAGGCACUAGCCCACUUCUCAACAUAAAACCACCUCUGGCUCACAUCAACAGCCCACAUAACGGGCAGAAUAGAUGGAUUUAUCGUCUACUUAGAAGCAAGCUACCUCCUUCGUAGACCUAUCUACAACACAACAAUAUGACCUUUGACAUCAACUAUGUGAGCAUCCAACAUACCUCGAUUGGCCAUUUAGCGAACAAAGACGGUUUUCAUAUCGAGGAUGAACUACCAUUCUGUACUUUUUCUCUUGGAAAGAAAUCCUUAAUUUUGAACAUGUCUGUCACUGUUUACUACCUUGACUCUGGAAAUCCUGGUGUUAGGCGCUUGGUGGUGGUUCCUUUGUGAAACUGUAGCCUUGAUUUAUAACCGGAAUGAUUCGGACGCUAUAUACCCAUACCCCCUUGACUUGUUGGGGGAGCAGGUGGAACAAAGGGCGGGUGCAUGGGGGCGUGAUCUUGGAUCUUGUGGCCUCAAACAAUAUCACCAAAGCUGGCCAAUGAUGUUUCGCUUGUAUCUUGAUUUUGAUGAAACAUUGUUCGCCGCCAUAUGCUCAGUUCCACGUCAAUAAUGUUGGUUUACUCAUUGCCUGUGCGUCCGUAUUGUUGAAAUGUCACGCAUUUGGAGAUUAAAGAAGAAUUGAUGUUCAUGGAUGUUAAA